AUGGGUCACCAAAAAAAACAAUCUAUUAUAUUAAUUAAAAAAGCGUUUGAAGAAGUCUUCAAAACAAAUUUAUUAGAUGAAACAUACACAAAAGAAGAAGUUAAGAAUAUAUUAAACAGUUUAGAAAGAACAAUAACAAAUGAAAUAAAGGGUGAAUUAUCUGCAUAUACAAACACCAAUCUCCUAAUGAUGUAUCAAUUUUUUCAACAAGCUGAAAAAUGGCAUUUAAGGCUCAAUGUAGAUAUAUCUGAAAUGCAAAACAAAGAAUUGUUACAAGCGAUGGAAAAAAUAGAAAUUAGUAAUAAUAUAAUGAACCGAACAUUGGAAAAAAAGAAGCUUUUAAAUACUUCUGAUUACAUUACUAAUGAUUUUGCUGAAGUGUUGCAAAAAAGAUUAAAUCAACUAGAAUCACACAAUUCCAAAUUGGAAGCAGAUUUGAAAACUUUAGAAGACAACUGUAAUAAAUUGAAAAAUGAAAAAGAAGCUUUGAAAUUACGAAUCGAAAUAGAAGACAAACAAGAAGACCCACAAAAAAAUUUAGUUGAAAUUGAAGUACAGACUCAAAAUACAUUUGAUGAUAAUUCUAUCAAUCAUGAUGAAUGUAAAACAACAGCAAAUCAAUUAAGAAAUGAAUUAAUGAUUGCUCAAUCACAAUUAACAUUAACAAAUUUGGAAUUGGACAGAAAAUUUAAUGAUACUGCUGCAUACAUUAAUAUGAAGAAUAUAAUAACCAAAAAAAACGAACAAGUUCGAGAGCUAAGAGAUCGGUUGCUUAUUUACGAGAAAGAAGAUGACAACCAAGAUAAUGUUGUAUGAUCGAAAUUACAAUUAGCUUAUAACGUAGGCUAUAGUAAAUAAUUUAAAGAAAUUUAUUUAAAAAUGUUCAAUUACAUAGUACUGCAGUAAACUCAUUAUUUUGUUGGCCCAGUGGCGUGCGAUCAGAUCAAGCGGUGAUAGGGCAAAACCMGGCAGAAGU